GAUGCUUAUGUUUAUGGAUGCAAAACAAUAGGUUGUUAUCGUUUUUCUAUUAUGUGUGGUCCUCUUCUCUGCCUCUUCAAUAUCUAUAGGUGUGGUCUCGUCUUAUGUGUCUUUUCUUGUCGAGAAAAUAAAUUGUAAGAUCAAAAUUUUGCUGCUUUUUCCCACAUUCUUGGAUCAUUAAUUAGGAUUAGUUCUCUUCAAACGUACAGUAUUUGUUUUGUUUUGUUGAGCGGUAUGAUCGAUCAUUCACAAAUGGAAAAAUUGAAAAGGGCAUGCAAAAAUAUAUUUUUGCAAUAAAAGAGAUAUAUUUUCUUCAAAUAAAAGGUGUGUCCGCAAUUAAGACAAAACAACUCGCUGUCUUACUCUCACUCCGUGUUCAGAUUUAGUUUAGACGUCACAAGUCGGACUUUUCUUGGUAACUAGAGUAAAGACAAAAUUGUAGUAGUAAAUAGUUUUUUUGUUUUGUUUGGUCAACAUAGUUGUGUAGUAGUUAAAAAAAAAAACUCUUAUGACCUCUCAUUUCUUAGUUACGUUUAAUAAUUGGUAACGUCGGUAGAAACCCAAAAGAUUAGGAUUCCAAUUAUUUGAGUUAUUUAUUAGCUUACACAUAAUUAUUGUCAUAUGAUAGAGUAGACUGGACGAAAACUGGAGUUGACUUCUACUAUCAUAUAUAUACAAGAAAAUUAAAACUUUUCCACAUCUAACACAUACACAUACACAUGCUAAUUUUCUAAUAUUGGCUUUUAAAUUUCAAAGUUAUUUUUUUUUCAAGUUUCGGUCAACAUACGUUAUGUUUGUCAUUAAGAGAUUAACGAAUUGAGAACAAACUUAAAUAAUAGAACUUUUAUGUUAUUUUAAUGGGGGUCCCUUUUUUAAUGUUAAGGUCUAAUUCUAUUUGCCUUUAAAAGUGCCUAACUUAUUUCAAGUUCGGUAAACUACUUUAUUGUUUGUACUUUGUAAUGAAUUUCAUUUUUUUGGGUCAACAUGUAAUGAAGUGUUUUUUAUUUUGCAAAUCCAUACUAAAUGAACGAGAGGAGCAGAAGAAUGGCAAGGGAUCAAUUACAAGUGUUGAAUGCACUUGACGUGGCCAAGACGCAAUGGUACCAUUUCACGGCUAUCAUAAUCGCCGGAAUGGGAUUCUUCACCGACGCUUACGAUCUCUUCUGCAUCUCCCUGGUCACGAAGCUCCUCGGUCGUAUUUACUACCACGUGGAAGGCGCACAAAAACCUGGGACUCUGCCUCCCAACGUAGCAGCCGCCGUCAAUGGCGUUGCCUUCUGCGGGACCCUCGCCGGUCAGCUCUUUUUCGGGUGGCUCGGUGACAAGCUCGGGAGGAAGAAAGUUUAUGGUAUGACGUUAAUGGUCAUGGUCCUUUGUUCAGUAGCCUCUGGUCUCUCUUUCGGACACGAGCCAAAAGCUGUAAUGGCCACGCUCUGCUUUUUUCGGUUUUGGCUUGGAUUUGGCAUCGGCGGGGACUACCCUUUAUCCGCAACGAUCAUGUCUGAAUACGCGAACAAGAAGACUCGCGGAGCGUUUGUCUCUGCGGUCUUCGCUAUGCAAGGGUUCGGGAUCAUGGCUGGUGGAAUUUUCGCGAUUAUAAUUUCCUCUGCUUUUGAAGCUAAGUUCCCAUCCCCUGCCUAUGAGGAUGAUCCCUUGGGAUCCACGAUUCCUCAAGCCGAUUUGGUAUGGCGUAUAAUACUUAUGGUUGGUGCUAUCCCAGCAGCAAUGACGUAUUACUCGAGAUCUAAGAUGCCAGAGACCGCAAGAUACACAGCUUUGGUUGCUAAAGAUGCAAAGCAGGCAGCUUCGGACAUGUCUAAGGUUCUGCAAAUGGAGAUAGAGCCAGAACAGCAGAAGAUGGAACAGAACUCAAAGGAGAAGUCCAAGGCGUUCUCCUUGUUAUCCAAGGAAUUCAUGAGUCGCCAUGGGCUUCAUUUGCUAGGUACUACUUCGACAUGGUUCCUUCUCGACAUCGCUUUCUACAGUCAAAACCUUUUCCAGAAAGAUAUAUUCAGCGCCAUCGGGUGGAUUCCUCCAGCGCAAAGCAUGAAUGCGAUUCAGGAGGUUUUCAAGAUCGCACGAGCACAGACGCUCAUCGCCUUGUGUAGCACGGUACCUGGUUACUGGUUCACAGUUGCGUUCAUUGAUGUCAUCGGAAGAUUCGCUAUUCAGAUGAUGGGUUUCUUCUUCAUGACGGUCUUUAUGUUUGCUCUGGCUAUUCCUUACAACCACUGGACUCACAAGGAGAACCGAAUCGGAUUUGUUAUCAUGUAUUCGUUAACAUUCUUUUUCGCCAACUUUGGACCCAAUGCUACAACCUUCGUUGUGCCAGCAGAGAUCUUCCCAGCCAGGUUCAGAUCAACCUGCCAUGGUAUCUCUGCAGCAUCAGGGAAAUUAGGAGCAAUGGUUGGUGCGUUCGGGUUCUUGUACUUGGCUCAGAGCCCUGACAAAGAGAAGACAGACGCAGGAUACCCUCCAGGGAUUGGGGUCAGGAACUCGCUUAUUGUGUUGGGUGUGGUUAACUUCUUAGGUAUUCUCUUCACUUUUUUGGUGCCUGAAUCUAAAGGGAAGUCGUUAGAGGAAAUGUCCGGUGAAAAUGAAGACAAUGAGAAUAGCAACAGUGAUAGCAGAACGGUCCCAAUAGUUUAGCAGGUGAUAUAAGACGCCUUUUGUAAUAAUUAUCUUCUUGUCUGUAGCAACUCAAGUUGUUCAUUAUGUGAUCCGUUGAUGCCUAAAUGCCAGAGAAAUCAAAGUUUUCAUGAGUCGAUUUCUAAUAAGAUCUCAAUAUGUUAGUUCUUAAUAAAUUGAAGACUUAUAUUAGAACC